AUGAACCAUUCUAGCCACCACAUCCCCCUAUUCGGUGAGGGCCAACGAAGUUGGGAGUGGCAGCACGCGGCGUGGCUCGGAGGAGAUGGUUCCUUAUUGCUGGCAGCAGACAACGAGGUUAUGGCGCAACCAGGCCCGCCGGCGAGACGAGCACCGCUGCUGCGGCUCACUACUAACGCAGUGCCGGGCCAGGAGAUGACAAAAACAUCGUCGGCUAUGUGGGGAUCUUUUGACGGCACCCUAGUACUAUACGUACAAUACGAUGACUCUUCAGUGUCGGAGCUAAAAUUUCCCAGGAUCUCAGAAGGAAUAGGAGGCAUCGGAGCGGCACGCUCAGGCUUUCUGCUCCCCACAUUAAACAACAGCUUGCCUACAGCAUUCCCCGACCAUGUUACAAUCAGAUACCCUACGCCCGGCAGUUCUAUACCAAUAGCAAGAUUAUGGAUAGUCGGUGUUCAAAAUGUCACUUCGCCGCCGAGAUGGGAAGUGAGACCUCCGAGCACGUUAGAUGGAAUGUAUGCUGUCAGAUUACAAUAAUAAAGCACCUGGGGAUAUCGACGCCAGAAAACAAACACGUAGUAAACCACAAAACAGAAAUUGUUCUUCAGAGCAGAAAUACAUUUUAGUUUUACGGAAAAAAAUCUUACUUCGGCAUAAAUUGAUAUAAGGUUACCAUUUUAUAACCGUCGAUGUUAGUUAUUUUGCUCUGAAGAACAGAACAGCUUUUGGCUUUGCGGGUUACUACGUGUUUCCUUUUCAGUGUCGAUAUGUUCUUUUUCUCGUUCACAAUGCUUUAUACAUUUUUGUUGGUUAUUUUUCAGGGAAUAUUACCUCAUAUCAGCCCAGUGGGUGGGCAAAGAUAAUGCACAUGUAGGGGUAGUGUGGAUGAACCGUGCACAGAAUCUCACCGUAUAUAGCAGCUGUUAUGCACCUAACUGGACAUGCACUGAGGUAUAUUCUUUGUUUUAAUCACGCCUCUAUACUUUGAUAAUUCUGAUCUUAUAACUCGUACGAAUUAACAUGAUACCCAAGAGAUUUUAACUUUCUUAUUAUUUAAGACGAUUAUCUGUGCAUCAGAGGCAGUGUCAGUUUCUACAUCCGUUUUAUCAUAAACUAUUGAAAAUUGCGUCUCUUUGGAGACGUAUUAACAUUUAGAAUAUAGAGGUAAUUUCGUUUUCGGAGAAAUAAAAUAGACCUUGAUGUGUCAUGUUAAUUCGUACGAAAAUUUUAUGAUUUCGAUUAUUCUAUAAUUAUUACAGAGAAAUGUUGUUCCUUCAUCAUUUCAGACGCACUCCGAAAAAGCUACUGACGAACCAUGGUAGCGCUGAGCGGCCGGGACAGAGGCAGGUGUACGUGGUGCGUGACCCCAGUUACGGGGGAGGCAGUAACUCGGUCAGGGCUCGGGCUGAACGCGAGGAACCUCGGUGCCUUACUUGCGAGUUAGCCGUGUGGCCGGCUCGUCUACACUACGCGAACUGCUCCUUCUGGAGGGCUACUUUUUCUCCACCUAAGCCCAGAAUAGGCAUAACGCAUUAUGUUCUCGAAUGCGGUGGCCCGGGUCCUCCUCUUGCUGGUCUUCACGAUGCUAGAACUCAUAAGCUAGAAAGAAUAUUAUAUGAUACGAGGCCUUAUAGAUCGGUACGUUUACGGGAGUUGGCUCUGCCUACACGACGGUCGUUCGACGUACAGUUGGGUAGUGGAUCCAGAGCGCGUGUCCAGCUCAUGCUGCCACCUUCGUGGAGAGAGGAGUUGCGAGACGCUGCCUUCCCCGUACUAGUUUAUGUGUAAGUUAAUUUCCAUUUAGGUAAAUAAAAUCUAAAAUUGAUCAGUAAUUUCAGAGCCUAUCAAUGCAAACAAACAAUCAAACAUUUUUCAUUAAGAAUACUUCUCCAUUUGUUUUCUCAGAGACGGUCGACCAGGUAGUCAGCAAUCAAUUACAAGGGUUACGUGGAAGCGGACGCGUCGCAGCGCGCGCACCACGUGCCGCCGCACGCGCUCUACCUCAUCCACGGCAUGGCGGAUAUGAGCGCGCCCUACCCGCACGCGCUGCAACUGGCUAGGGCGCUCACCGACGCCGGCGUGCUGUUUAGAUAUCAGGCGUAUGCUGACGAAGGUCAUGACUUGAAAGGCGUAAUCGAACACGUGUACCGGUCCAUGGAGGACUACCUCCGAGAAUGCCUUUCCCUAGACCCUGAAGACACCAAACUGCCUCCGCCGGAUAGAUAA